UAUCAUACAAUAAUGGAAUCAACGCUGGCUGUUAGCAAUCAUACUUGGGAAUAUUCAGAGUCGGAAAAACCAUUCCGAUAUCCACAGGAUAAAUAUUCGUUUUUGUGCGGUAGAUUGUAAUUAAUUAGUGUAUUCGGAGAAUAUAGCAUAAAAAGUGAGAUUUUUCCACUUGAGAUGAACAAUGGAAAACGAAGGAAUAAGAAAUGAAACAAGGGAGCCUUCAUGCAAUUGUAAAACGAAUAGGGGCUACAUAUACCUGUUAACGUACACAGUACUUUUGAUCUUGUUCUCGGAAAUAUUUCUGUCAAUUUUCGUUUACGCUCUAAGGACUGAGAUAUCGGACGAUUCCAAAUCAUAUAAAGAAAAGUACGACGUUAUCUUGCAGGAACUUUCGGAACUCAAGAACCAACUUGCCAAAUAUGGGGAGAACAUAUCUGAACCAGCUGAAAAAAGUAGGAAAACCCGUGGACUCUCCAAUACCUAUGGAGGGUACGGGGAGGAAAAUGAGGAAGAUGUGUUAAAAACAUCCAAUCAUACCAUGGACUAUUCGAAAAUCUGUGAGAUUAUCCAGAGAAACUGUAACCUUCGCAGAUUUAAUGGAGAUGGGAACUACUCAGGAAGUUAUGGAUAUGAUAGUUUCCACGGCGCACCUGGUCAUCAAGGACCUCCAGGUUGGCCAGGACCUCCUGGUCGACCAGGACGUCCUGGCCACGAUGGACUACCCGGAGCUCCCGGACCACGUGGACUACCAGGGAUACCAUCCCCUCCAGGAGACUAUUGGUACUCUAGAAGAAAUGAAAACAGAACACAUCGUGCAAGUGGCUCCAAAGGAGAAAAAGGAUACGUUAUUAUGGGAUCGGAUGGAAGUCCUGGCCCUAUUGGACCUCCUGGAUAUCCUGGACCUCCUGGACCACCAGGUCUUCCAGGGGUUCCUGGAACCCAUUGCUUCUGUGGAAAUGAGGUGUUACCGAGAACAAUGACCAAUAAAGGUUCUUACCAAUAUAAUGAUUUUGGCCUAAAGGGUUGGCCUAGUGUGGUUCGGAGUUGUCUAUGUAAGGGAGCUCCUGGCGAGCCAGGAGAAAUAGGACCUGUGGGUGCUGUGGGAAAAUCUGGACUUCCUGGUUUGAAAGGAGUGAAAGGUGACGCUGGGAUUGCUGGCGAAAAGGGAGAAAAGGGCGACAAAGGUCUCAAGGGGGAAAUAGGACCACCAGCAAUUCCAGGUAUGAAAGGUGACAGUGCAGAUCUCCACAGAGAAAAUUUGGUGGAGGAUGUUAAAGGUAGGAGUGGUACUGGAUUCGUUCCUCUACUCAAGAAAUGAUAUAGGUACUUAAUUAUUAAUAAUUUGACAAUAGUGAGGUUUGAAUUUCUAAUAAAAUUUGACAACUU